AUGGCAGCGACAUUUUCGCCUGCUUCCCAUGUACGCUCCAUCUGCUACGCGUCAAAUGCUCCCAAAAUACGCUUCUCAAUCCCAGCUUCUAAAAUCACGUGUUCUUGGAGAGUGUCAGCAAACUACGUUAAGCUUCAGGCGGCGGCAAAAGGGUUUCAAUUUCAUGGAAAAGCUUUGGUAGUCACCAGGACAUGGAAGAAGAGAUUUGGAGUUAGGUGCGCGACUAUUGAGGAAAUAGAAGCAGAGAAGUCCAUGAUUGAGAAAGCUGCUAAAGAAAAAAUGGAAAAGACAAUAGAAAACGUGCGGUCCCGUUUCAAUUCAAUUAGGACUGGCAGAGCAAACCCGGCUAUACUGGACAAAGUUGAGGUCGAGUACUAUGGAACACCAGUUCCCUUGAAGAGUAUAGCUCAAAUUAGUACUCCUGAUGCAAGUUCUCUCUUGGUGCAACCAUAUGACAAAUCCAGCUUGAAGGUCAUUGAGAAAGCAAUUGUCAGUUCUAACCUCGAUUUGAAUCCAAACAAUGAUGGAGAAGUUAUUAGAUUGACCAUUCCCCAAUUGACAUCCGAGAGGAGGAAGGAGUUGUCGAAGAUGGUGGCUAAACAGGCUGAGGAAGGCAAGGUUGCUAUAAGGAAUGUAAGAAGAGAUGCCAUCAAAUCUUACGAUAAACUCCAGAAGGAGAAGAAGCUGUCUGAGGACAACGUAAAGGACCUAUCGGCUGAUAUGCAGAAAGUUACGGAUGAGUACAUUAAGAAAAUCGAUUCUAUCUACAAACAGAAAGAGAAGGAGUUGCUGACCGUAUGA